GCUCUUCGCCUGCCCUCCCGGAGAGGAGGGAGGAGCUGCCACGCCCCGCGGCCGCACCCGGCUGGCCGUCUCCCGCGGGGAGUCCGCCGCCCUCCGCCAGCCUUGCUUCUCCCCCUCCACGCAGUGACCCCACGCACAGCUGCAGCCAGCCACCCUUGCCGGGACCAAAGGGGACGACAUUAGAGCGAUAGGCGGAGAGACCCGUGGUUUCCCUACACUGACUCUGGGACCCGGAAGGGACGAGACGGGACUCUGCUGUCCUUUGGUAAUUGUGGUUUGCUGGAAGCUUGUCGCCCCCUAGCCUACCGGGGGGAGUUGCGCAUGCUGUAUUGUUUUAGGCCCCUGGAGCACCGUGAGCCAGUCCAAGUGGUGUUUAUCGAACUGGCACCUUAAUAGUUGGGCGAAAUGGCGAUGACACUGUUGGAAGACUGGUGCAGGGGAAUGGAUGUGAACUCUCAGAGAGCUCUGUUGGUCUGGGGGAUCCCUGUGAACUGUGACGAGGCUGAAAUCGAAGAGACCCUCCAAGCCGCGAUGCCCCAGGUGGCCUACCGAGUACUGGGGAGAAUGUUUUGGAGGGAAGAAAAUGCGAAAGCAGCCUUGUUAGAGCUCACCGGAGCGGCGGACUACUCCCUGAUCCCCAGGGAGAUGCCAGGCAAAGGAGGGUUGUGGAAAGUAGUCUUUAAACCCCCCACUUCCGACGCGGAGUUUUUGGAAAGGCUGAACCUCUUUCUAGCUAGGGAAGGGUGGACCGUGCAAGAUGUUGGUCGUGUGCUUGGGUUUCAGAACCCCGCUCCAGCUCCAGGCCCAGAAAUGCCAGCAGAGCUGCUCAACUAUAUUUUAGAUAAUGUUAUUCAGCCUCUUGUUGAGUCCGUAUGGUACAAGAAGCUGACGUUGUUCUCCGGAAAGGACAUUCCCGGGCCUGGCGAGGAGAGCUUUGAUUCCUGGCUGGAGCACUCGCAUGAGGUCAUAGAGGAAUGGCAGGUGGCUGAUGUCGAAAAGAGACGGCGCCUGAUGGAGAGUUUGAGAGGCCCUGCUGCUGAUGUCAUUCGCAUCCUCAAGACCAACAACCCUGCCAUAACCACCGCAGAAUGCCUGAAGGCUCUUGAGCAGGUGUUUGGGAGCGUGGAGAGCUCUAGAGAUGUACAGGUCAGAUUUCUGAACACUUACCAGAACCCAGGAGAAAAGUUAUCUGCUUAUGUCAUUCGCCUGGAGCCUCUGCUGCAGAAGGUAGUGGAGAAGGGGGCCAUUGAUAAAGAUAACGUGAACCAGGCUCGCCUGGAGCAGGUCAUCGCGGGGGCCAACCACAGCGGGGCCAUCCGAAGGCAGUUGUGGCUGAGGGGGAUUGCGGAAGGACCCGCACCCAACCUCUUCCAGUUGUUGGUGCAGAUUCGAGAAGAGGAAGCCAAAGAGGAAGAGGAGGAGGCGGAAGCCGCGCUCUUGCAGCUAGGCCUGGACGGGCACUUCUGAAUCCGCGGAUUGGCCAGGCUGAUUUUGUUAUUUUCCCUGUGCUGCUCUACAAAGCCUGCCUCUCACAGUAAACACAGAGCCGCCUCCUGGUUU